AGAGAGAGAGACAGAGAGAGAGUGACUCGGGAGCUGCGCAGAGCAGCACAGCGGAAGCUACUACGACAGGACGAAUGCACGAGGUAGCAAUCCUCUCAUUCUCGAGCUCUUCACUUACUCGUCAUCCCCAAAACUAGGGUUUUCGUUUCUGUUUCGUGAAACUUGAAAGAGCUGUGAGACAGACAAAAGCAGCCGGUGUUGUCACUGCACAACCCAUCUUCCCAUUGACAUUUCUCGGGUGCUGUGGGUCAGGUGGGCCUUUGACAGAGAGUGUAUUUAGUUUUCCCUCUUUCUGCUUUUACUGAAGAGGAAAUUAAAUAUGCAGACACCAAAAACAAGAACUGCAUCUUUGGAGGUGCCUCAAAGGACAUCUUCUGCCACACUUCCCACUGCCCGCCAGCUCAAGGCACCAGGAUCAGAUUCUAACUCAGUUUCAUCUCCAAAUCCAGCAAGCAGAACACCUAAAGACAGAAGUCCUAAAGUCAUUGAGCGCAGGUCGCCACGAAGUCCAGUAACUGAGAAGAAGCGCCCAAGCAGAGUGUCUGAAUUGGAAUCUCAGCUUGCUCACUUUCAAGAAGAACUGAAAAGGGCCAAGGACCAGCUAAGCUCAUCUGAAGCAUCGAAAAGGUGGUCCCAGCAGGAGGCUGAGGAGACCAAGAAGCAGCUUGCUUCCCUUUCAGCGAUGCUCGAGGAGUCACAAAGGCAGCUGGUGGAGCUUUCAGAUUCUGAAGAAGCUCGGGUUCAGGAGCUCCGUAAGAUCUCACAGGAUCGAGAUCGAGCUUGGCAGUCUGAACUUGAGGCUGUCCAGAAGCAGCACUCGAUGGAUUCUGCUGCCUUGGCUUCUGCCUUGAAUGAAAUCCAGAAGCUCAAGAUUCAGCUGGGCAGAAUGGCCGAGUCUGAAGCUGCUCAGGCUAGGCAUUCAGAAUCAGCCCAUGCUGAGAUUCAGAGCUUAAGACGGGAACUUACGGACACUGUUGCACUGGUUGAGAAAUUGAAAAGCCAGAUAAGUGAUAGAGAGGAAUCUGAAGCCCAGGCCCUUGAAGAAGUUAGUAAAGCUCGUAUGCAGCUGGAAAUGGCAAAAAUGACCGAGGACACACUUCGGGCAGAACACCUUAAAGCCUUGGAGUCAUACAAAUCCUUAGAUUUGGAGUUGGAGCAAUCAAGGGCUCAAGUGACUUCAUUGGAGGAACUUAUUAGCAAACUCCAGGCUGAUAUAGGUAGUAACAGCAGCAAGACUUCAGAAGAUCCUUCAGCCGAUAUCAAAAUUACACUGGAAAAUGGAGUAAAUGAGCAUUCAAAAGAGUUAAAAACUGAGCUUGAUAAUGUGAAACUUGAAGUAGUUCAAUUAAGAUCUGCCCUAGAGGCAGCUGAAAGAAGGAAUCAGGAGGAAUACAUUCAGAGCACCUUGCAGAUUAGAAGUGCUUAUGAUCUAAUGGAACACAAAAAAUCAGAAUCUUGCCAACGUGAGGCUGAACUGGAGGCAAAGUUAAGUAUAGCAAAAGCUGACAUUGAAGAGUUGAAGGCAAAACUAAUGGAUAAGGAGACAAAAUUGCAGAGUAUGUCAGAGGAGAAUAAGGGGCUGAAUUUAAAGUUUGAGAAAAACAAAUCAGCCGAAAGAGAAACUGAACUCCUGUCGGAGCUGAAGAAAUUGGAGACAUUUUUGACAGAUUUAAAGGCAGCUUUACUGGAUAAAGAGACAGAGUUGCAGAAUAUUAAUGAGGAGAAUGAGAUUCUGAAGUCGGAAAUCAAAAAGAGGGAAAUGGAGAGAAGUAAAGUGAAUUACGAGACCCUUGCUUUAGCAGAAACAGCUAGGGCUGCAGAGCGAGAGGCUUUGAUGAAGCUUGGCUACUUGACAGAGGAGGCAGAUAAAAAUAGUAGAAAAGCAGCAAGGGUUACUGAGCAGCUGGAUGCAGCGCAGGCCGCAAAUUCAGACGCGGAAGCUGAAUUGAGGAGAUUAAAGGUGCAGGCAGACCAGUGGAGAAAGGCGGCUGAGGCAGCUACUGCUAUGCUUUCGACAGGCAAUAAUGGGAAGUUCGUGGAGAGGACAGGUUCUCUUGACUACCAUACUCUAGGUGGAAAGCUGGGGUCACCUUAUUCCGAAGAUAUGGAUGAAGACUCACCCAAGAAGAAAAAUGGUAACAUGUUGAAGAAGAUUGGGGUGUUGUUGAAGAAGGGCCAGAAGUAGAUGAACCACUUGGCAGGCAACUUUGGUGGGUGAUUGUUGCUGGCCUUCUUAUGUCCUGUUCAUGCAGAUUUAUUGAAGGAGAUUUCUGAACUACUACUUUGCAAACUUUUGUAUUGUUAUGUGGUAAUGGUUAAAUUCCUCUUUUGUUUGUCGUUCUGUAUGAAGGGUUGAUUGUCAUCCUUAAUGCUGUCACCUUUUUUGUUCAACAGUUUCUGUUUUUUGAUUGUUGGGCAGUAAUAUAUGCAGUAACAACUUCAAGUAAUCUGAGAGUUGAAACUGUUGG